UUUCCCGAGGAGCCAAGUGCCUGAGCGGCACGGGCGAGAGUUGGAGCGAAGGCAAGAUGGCGGACGUACUUGAUCUUCAUGAGGCCGGGGGCGAGGAUUUCGCCAUGGAUGAGGAUGGGGACGAGAGCAUCCACAAAUUGAAAGAAAAAGCGAAGAAACGCAAGGGCCGUGGCUUUGGCUCCGAAGAGGGGUCUCGAGCGCGGAUGCGUGAGGAUUAUGACAGCGUGGAGCAGGACGGCGAUGAACCCGGACCACAACGCUCUGUUGAAGGUUGGAUUCUCUUUGUCACUGGAGUCCAUGAGGAAGCCACGGAAGAAGACAUCCAUGAUAAAUUUGCAGAGUAUGGAGAAAUAAAAAAUAUCCACCUCAAUCUGGACAGACGUACAGGAUAUCUAAAGGGGUAUACUCUAGUUGAGUAUGAAACAUACAAGGAGGCCCAGGCUGCUAUGGAGGGACUCAAUGGCCAGGAUUUGAUGGGACAGCCAAUCAGUGUGGACUGGUGUUUUGUUCGGGGUCCACCCAAGGGCAAGAGGAGAGGUGGCCGAAGACGCAGCAGGAGUCCAGAUCGGAGACGUCGCUGAUCCUCCCUCUGUUGUUCAGGUGUUCUUUGCAGAGAUUCCACUUGACCAUGCAAAUGGUGAAACCUUUGAGAAAUAGGGCUGGGGUGGAACUCACUGUGUUUAUAUUUAAUCUCUUACCCUGUUUAGUGUUUCUUUUGAAUUAUGAAUAAAUGUCCAAUUUUUGUUUUCUAAAAUUACUUUCCUUUCCUUUUCUAAUAUUGUAAAUUCUGGUGUACUAUUUACAGUGAGGCAGUAUGGGUCACUGUGAGAUAUUUCUCCCAGGGACUGAAUUCUGUGUGAGUUUCUACAUUAGAUACAGUCUCCAGUGUCAGCUAGGGUCAAGUAGAGACACUGCUCAGUAUUUUUCUUUGAAGCUAAGAGAGCAGGGGUAGAAGUAAGAUGUUCUCAUGACAGUAAGGAAUAAUCCUUCUGUUCCUAUAUAGGCUGUCCUGAGCAAAUGGUAUCAUAGAAAUGUCUCUUUUUUUCUCUCCUGCCUUUCUUACUGCCAAAUUUGUUUGUACUUCCAUCUGUCUAAGAGCUUGAAUCUCCUGUUGGGACACUCUUCCAGAACCUCCUUCCCUGGAGGAGUCUAUACUAUGUUCUUGAUGCCCUCUUCGGCAGCUAAAGGUGAAGGCCCCAUAGAGGAAAGGAUCCAGAGGAGCAUUGAGAAGGCCAAAGAGGAAAAGGAUGCGGCUGAGGCUAGGAGGCACUUCAGUUAGCAUGGUGGGAGAGAACCAGUACCAAAGACCCAGAAGGUAAUAAGGUGUCCAGCAGAAGAUGAAGGUCAGCAGGACAAGUAGGGCCAGUCGUAGGGCCCGAUGACGAGCACGGGAGCGAUUGUCUGAGGAGUGGCGGAGGGCAAAUUUACCUGCAGGGGCUGGGAAUUUAGAAAAUAGACUCAAAUUCAGAACCCCUCAGCUUCUAAAUUGAUAGGCAAAAAUUGUGAGAGAGAGCUCUUCCCUCUAUAAGAGACUGCUGCAAGCCCUCCUCCCCUUCCCAAUCUGGGACUAUAUGCUCCCUUCCCAUUAGGGAUUAUGACAGAUGUGCUGGAAAAAAGGAUUCAAUUGAGGUGCUGUGGUACAUGAAGCUACAAAGUCUGUUUGAAGUCUUGUUGGUGUCCAAGAGCGAAGGAGAAUACUGAUCACCCUUCUCCUUAAUUCUUGCCUAGUUAGGUCAACUUUAGAGAAUGAUGGCUAGUGGCUGGUUAGAAUUGAAUGCAUUCAAUGAAAUUAGUGUGGCAUUAGCUGCUAGAGGUACAGUUUGUUGUUAGUUGCUAAGUUGUAUCCGAUUCUUUUGUGACCCCACAGGCUAUAACCCACCAGGCUUCUCUGUCCAUGGGAUUUCCCGGUCAAGAAUACUGGAAUGGGCUGCCAUUUCCUUCUCCAGGGGAUCUUCCCAACCCAGGGAUUGAACUUGAAUGUCCUGUAAUGCAGGCAGAUUACUUACCACUGAGCCACUGGGCAAAGCCCCUUGGUUUGAUAGAUAGCUAUCAUGUUAAUGAGGCUAGACAAUAGUUUUAGGGUAUGGGUUAGGGCCUGGGGGUUGGAGUCUCACCAUGGUUCCCCUUCCUUGUCUGAAGAGUGGACACACUGCAGAUAAUUCGGCUAUAGCAGAUGGUCAUUGCAGUCAGUGGCAGCAGAAAGAGGCAGCAGAAGGUGAAGAGGUUAUAGAUGAUCUCUUGCCAUCGAGCCUUGAAGCUGCCUUUGGUGACACAGUGAAGGGAACUGGACCAGCGCGUCGGACGGUAUGGAACAGGAACAGCUAGAUUGGAGUCAAGGAUUAUUAGAACUGGUCUCCCUUCCUUCUCCCCUGCCAAGCUACCUACCAAUUCAACACUGUCUCCUCCCGAUUAAUUCAUUCUUUUUUUGUGUGUGUGAUUGUUAGGAAAUUUGGGAGCUAAAACAGUGCAUAAUCUCAAUCCAUUCUUAAUUCCCUGCAGUGCUGAGUAAUGGUACAUCCGUGGUGCCAUAUUUAAAAGGUCAGAAAUGUAUCUUGAAAAUCCCUAUUUUCCUCUUAGGCUAUGCUUAUUAAAUCCAGAACUUAAAGAAUCCUGUCUUUUGAGUACAAUCUACCAUUUCACAAGAGGAUAUCUCUACCACACCAACAUUUUUUUCCCCUCACCUUUUUUAGCUGAAAUAAUUUUCCUGAUGUGUCUGAUUAAUUCUGUGGAAAAAAGAAAUCUUGUAUAAAAUGGGAGGUGCUAGAGUUGCAGGCUGUUUUGCAGUCACUCUCUAAAGUGACUUUAGUAAUAGUCCUAUGUACAAUAACUAUAAUGGUGAAAUAACAUUAAUAAAAUUUAACAUUUUCCAAA